AUGAUAUCGGUUCUGUUGCUUUCUCUGGCAGCCACGGUACCGGUGAAGGCCGUCCUGGGAGAAGGUUAUGUUAAUGGACAACUGCAAUUGGCAUUUGGCGGCUACGCAAGUGAGCCGACACUCGAGGAUAUUUGGGGAGAAGAAUGGCCUUUCAAUGGCAUUCCUACUUUUGCGCAUUUAAAUCACACAAAAUGCUUGCUUUCUCCUGAGACUGACUUUGAUAUUGGGAUUAUAGGGGUACCUUUCGAUACUGCCACUACAUACAGAAGCGGAGCAAGAUUUGGUCCACGGGCCAUUCGCUCUGCCUCCCAAAGACAGGCGCAAUUGCGAGGGUUCAACACCAGGGCAGGCAUAAAUCCGUACAAUAAUUGGGCUUCGUUUUUGGAUUGUGGCGACAUUCCUAUUUCCCCAAUGGACAAUACCAUUGCAUUGAAACAAAUGACUAUGGGGUUUGAGGAGUUACUUUUGAGAAGAUUCUCUUCCUCCGAUAAAAACCAUCCACCACGGUUGGUGGCAUUGGGGGGUGACCAUUCAAUUACACUACCGCAUUUGAGGGCCCUUAAGCAGAUUUACGGCAAGAUUGCUGUAAUCCAUUUCGAUGCACAUUUGGAUACCUGGUCUCCCAAAGGGUACCCCAGCUACUGGUCUUCAAACCAAAGUGAGUUUACGCAUGGCUCUAUGCUUUGGAUGGCCCGCAAUGAAGACUUGAUCAGCAAUGACUCCAACGUGCAUAUUGGUAUCAGGACUAGAAUCUCCGGUACCACAUGGGAAGAUUUUGAUGAUGAUUCUAGACAGGGCUGGAAAAGAUACUCGGCAGAUGACGUAUGGCUUGAAGGACGCCAAGGUUUAGAUAAAAUAGUUGCCGAGACCAAGGCCAGAAUUGGUGACCUACCGACUUUCAUCAGUCUAGAUGUCGAUUGUAUGGAUCCUGGGUUCACACCAGGAACUGGUACCAUUGAGCCAGGCGGAAUGCUUCCAAGAGAGGUGAUCUAUUUGUUGAGAAAGCUGGACUUAAAUUUGGUUGGUGCAGAUGUUGUUGAGGUAGCGCCUAGUUUCGACCAUGCUGAAGUGACAAGCACUAAUGCAGCCCAAGUAGUCUUUGAACUGAUAACUACAAUGGUUGCAAAAGGCAAGCCUUUACCUGUUGUAAGAUCAAGUCACUAA